GGCAGGACCUCACCAAGCGCACCUUUACCGGGUGCCUCUUCAGCACCAUGGCGGGGCCUCGUCCGUCGGAGCCCUCCACGGUGGCCACGCUCGCGAUGCACCACACCCUCUCGUGGCUGCUCUGCGCCGCCGCCGAGGCCGUGUCGGCGGCCUUCCCGCGGGGCAGGGCCGCGUCGGGCGCCGAGCCCGCGGCGGGCCGGGGCGCGGCAGCGUGCUCCACUGCCGACAAGAGGCCGAGGGCCGAUACGGCAGGACGGAGGCCGUGGGCAGGGAAGUGGGUCGACACGGCGAAGGGUUUCUUCCACGGCGCGACCAUCAGCAUCGAGGACGACUCGUGGCGCCUGGAGGGCUCGGUGGACCACGUCCACGAGGGAGCGUCGUUCUCCCUCGGCGCGUCCUCGGAGGACGGGGUGCGGCUGAUCGAGUCGUUUCCCGACGGGUUUGUGCACAUGUUCGACGCGUCUUGCCAGGAGGGGUGCCUGAGGGUCGUGCGCGCGGGCACCAUCUCGGCCCGCUCCGACGGCGAUUCCUCGUUCCUCGAGACGUGUAGUAAGCCGCAGGAGUGGGUGCUGCAGGACUUGGCCAAGGUGGCCCUGCCCGUCCUCACGCUCGGCGCCUCCGACGUCCGGGACCUGCCGCACCUGCUGAGGUCGCUGCUGCCCGCUGCGGAGGAGCUGUGUGGCGUCAGCCGGACGGGCGCGGUCGCGGAGAGGGCAUCGGAGGUGAGGGCGAGCCUCUUGCUCGUCGGCAGGUACCUCGCGUCCCACCUGCUGGAGGGGUGGUACUCGUUGCUGCUGUCGGCUGUCUACGUGUAUGUCACCGUGACGAUCGGGUACCCUCUGAUAAGCAGCACGUGGGCACGCAUGCGCGACACGGCCGCACUCGACGAAAAUGAGGAUGAGUGGUGGUGGGUGGUCCUCGAGUAUGUCGCGGCACACCUCGAUGCUCAUCUCUACGUCUUCAUGGGUGCCUGUCUGGCCACCGCGCACCGCGUGUGCUCUGGCCGCCGGCUCUUCGUGCGCUACAGUGCCAAGAUGUUGGUCAUCGUCGAUUGCACGGUCAACUACAAGCUGCUCCGCGCCUACGUGUCCAAGCUGCGCGCCCUCGCGUUCCGCUUCACCACGUUCGGGGUCGCCGGGCAGAACGGCGAGGACCACUUCGUGCACGAGAUGACGCACCUGACCACGUCCGAGGUGGUGAUCCUCGCCGGCCGUGCCGACGGCCGCCUCGGGACCCUCGCCUCCAUGGAGGCCGCCAGCAUCAUGUCUCUGCAGCAGGCGCGCUUCAUCGCUGCGAACCCGCACACGGGCGUCGAGGUGGUGUCCGUGGGGCACAAUCCGUGGACCAAGCCUGGGCUCUUCCAGCGGUCGGUGACGCUGUCCUCCGAGCACAGGCCAGCGUUCUACUCCCAGGAGUUACUGCGCAGCGCGGCUGGCGGGCACUCGCCCACGGACGUGCUGCACGGGGUUGCCAUGCUGGCGAAAGGAGACCUGUCCAGUGCGAGCACCCGAACAGGGAGCGAGGCCGCAUUUCAGGAUGUGCGGAUCGAGGACAUCGAGACGGAGAUGGCGGCCAAGGAGCUGGACCUCGAGGAUGCCCAGAGCAUCAUAGUCAAAUUCGUGAGCAAGCGCUCCUACGUCUUGAAUAUCGACCCUGAGGAUUUCGACGUCACCCAGGUUCUCAACGCCGACGUGGCCGCACGUCUGGCGAGCCAGCAGGUUCGCGGCCCGGUCCGUAAAGGCACUAAGGACAGGACGAUGACAUACUCGGCGCACUCGCCUCGGCCACCGCGCAACGUCUACAGCAAAGCACUCACCAAGCUGCGCCCUAGAUCGUUUUUCGCCAGGGAGGACCCCGCCUUGUCUCAGCCUCCACCGGUGGAUCCGCAGGGCGGCCCCACGAGCUCGUGCUCCACCAUGCCGACGGAGUCGGUCGGGGCCGACUGGUUGGGGUUCAAGAAAUCGGCUUCGACGGGUCAUCCGAGCUUCAAGUUCACGGCCUCCAACAUCAUGUCGGUGCUCCGCGGCCGCACCUUGGAGGCAGUGAUCGCGCAGAUGCAGUCGGACCGGCAUGAGAGGAUGGCGCUCGCCAAGCGAGGUGGCCUCAGUGACCUCUUCUCCGACUCGGACACGCUGAGGGGCUGCUACGAGGCGUGGGCACACUUCGCGUCGCAGAGAGCCAAGGAGCGCAUGUCGAGGGUGGCCACGCUCGUGACCACGCUGAAGACCAAGACGGACAGGGAGGCGUCCGCGGCGCUGCCGCCGCAGAUGGCGCCGUGGCGGACACAGGAGGAGUACCGGCAGCGCAAGCGCCAGUGGAUGAUGCACUACUCCAUGCUGCCCUUUGCGAUGCCUCACUCGACCCGCCGGUGCUUCCAGUCCUGGAAGGAGCACGUGGAAGCCGCCAAGGCGCACCGGCCCUCCGUCACCAUGAAAGUUCUGAACGCUCUCAGCCCGGUCAAGGCCUACACCACCUUCAGCCCGAUGAAGGCGUACAGCCCGGCCAAGGCCACGGCCUGCAGCAGCCUGGGCACGGUCGCCGAACACAGCCCCCACAGCUCGAAGCUGUUGUGGGACAACGUCGUCAAGAAGGUCUUGAUGGGCGGCGACGGGGACGGCCGUGUCGUCAUCGGCGAGCAGCAGGGCUCCAAGGCCCGCGUGACGAAGGGCGCGAGCGGCACAGAUCUGAUAGCCGAGCUCGGCUACAUGGAGGGCAUCUACGAGACGCGCGUCGCCUUCCCCCCCUCGCCCGCCGCCGAACAUCAUCUUCCACGCGGCCGUGCGACCACUCUCCCGCCUGUGGGGUCUCCGCUUCGACAUGGACCGCAGCGAGUCCAGGCUCCGCGUCGCGUCGACGCCCGCGCCCGUGCCCUUCGUCGAGGGCACGGACCUGGACGCCGAUGGGCCAGCGGCAGGCCCUGUGCUCAGAUGUUGGUACAAACGUUGUGGGGCGUUUUCUCUCGGUUUCAAUAUCGGCGUUGUUUUCCUUUGUGGGGUCCGCUUUUAUUGUUUUCUGUUCUUGGGGCUGCAGUUGUCUUUCCGUGCUGGUUGGUCGACAAUCGAAAAGUCGAAAGCGAACCAAAAACGCCAGCCAAGGCCCUGCGGCCCAGCGAGACACCACGACAGAUACAGCGCUGACGAACGUCGGCAGAUUCAGCAUGCGGAGCUUCUCGGACUCGGAGAGCCUGGCCGAGCGGGUCAGCGGGGGCCCCCUUUCGUCAUACUGAUGUCGAAGAGGAGAAGCGCGGCACAAGCACGACCUGCUCACGGUCCGCGCGGAUUCCUUGGACAUGUGCCGGGGCCCCUCCCUGGCGCGCGGAGCGAGGCGACGACGGCGACUCGACGUGACCGUCACCUCGGGGCGUGCGAAGGCACCAGGGCCCGCUCUGUUUGCUAGAGGUGGGGCGGGGCAGCGGAGGCGAGCGAGCGCGAGGAGGGCCCGAGCACGAGCAAGGAGAAACUCCUCCUCCUCCUCCUCCUCCU